AUGAAUAAUUUAAAGCUAUUCCUUCUUAUUAUUGCUACAGUGUUCCUUACCAUAGAAGCAAUAUCUUUACUUAAAAAACCAACGACAUAUGACUGGAAACCAAUGGAUCUUCAUAAACAUAAAGUUGAGAGAUUAGCAAAAUAUUCAUUAAAUGGAUAUAAUGCAAAGCACAACACUAACUAUAAAUUAAGACAUGUUAUUGAAGCUAAUAAAAAAAAAAAUGGAGAAAAAAAAUAUAAGUUAAAAAUGGUAGGAUAUAAAAAUUGUAAAGAUAACAGAGUAUGCUUCAACAAAUUUGAAUGUAAGAUUACUGAAGGUGCAAACAAAUCAAAAUUAUCAGAAGAAUGUGUACUUGUUGAUUAA